AUGGCCAUGGCGGAACGACCGAUAGUUGUGGCUGGUGGCUCGUCGUCGCGCAUGGAUGAGGGCUGGGGCAUGAUGGGCUCGGACAGCGGCGGGUCGGGCUCGGGCUCUGGGCGCUUCCCGAACGUGCGGUACUCGGCGUCGUUCUCAUCGUCUGGUGGAGAUGAAGAUGGAUCGGGAAGCGGAUCGUUGUCAUCGUCGGAUUCAGAGUGGUGGCUGCCGGCCGAUGCACCCGAGGCAGCGGUGCGGGCCAUGGGAGUGCGGCGGGCGAUCGAGAAGGCGGCAGCAAACCACCACAGCCGCCGGCGAGGCGCGGCCUCGCCACCGCCGCCGAUGGAUGCUGACGACGCCCGCUCGGUGCUUCCGUGUAGGCUUGGGGCCGAGGUGGUGCGAGUGGAUUGGAAAGAGGCGAGCGGGCGGGAAGCGCUGGCAGAGCUCAUCGCAAGCGAGACGCCGUGUGUGGUGGUCGGAGCGGAGGCGACGCUGCCGAUGGGGUGGGACGCGGCGCGGUGGAAGGCCGAGUAUGGCGAGACGACGGUGCCGCUUAACGCGACGCUCCGGGAUCGAGUCGACAUGCCGCUGGGGUGGUACCUUGAUCUUGUGGCGGAACAGACGGAGGAUGUCGGGCUCUACCUCCGCAACUUGCAUCUCUGCCGAUGGUUCCCCGCAGCGGCGGCGGAGACUCAGACGCCGCCAGCGCCGAUGGGCAGCAAUCGCAUGGACGAGCUGAGAGAUGUUGUGCCUCAGUGGUGGCUCUCGUGGGCAGAGCUCUUCAUCUCGGGGUGCGGGACUCGGACGCCGCUGUUCCACGUCGACGUCUGCGCUACCCAUGCGUGGUCGGGCCAGAUCCAGGGCCACAAGCGGUUCUUUGUGGCGCCGCCGUCGUCGACAAGCGCGGUGUACCCGAUCAAGGACCAGCCGCUCGUGUCGCGGAUCAGCAAGCCAGACAGGGCGUCGCUGGGCACGUUUCCGGAGUUUGCCAGUGCCGAACUCUCGGUGGUUGACCUCGCGCCUGGUCAGCUCCUGUACAUUCCACCCGGCUGGUGGCACACAGCUGUAGCUGUCGGCGUCGGGCCUUGUAUCACGCUCGGCGGUAACUUUGUCAAUGACUCGAACUAUGAGCGCGUGGCAGCGGCGGCGGCGGCGCGGUCGGUGACGACGUGA